AUGGACAAAGAUAAGUGAAAUCAAAUCUUACUCUUAGGCGCUGCAACACUUGGCUUUAUAGGAUUUCUUCAUAUGUGUAAAAUGGUGAUAAUGUCUGGCCAGCCUCUUGUGUGAUGGUUACCUAUGUAUAUCUGGGCAUGGUAUUUUGAGACAGGAGUAGCACAGCAAUAUAUAGUGACCCGAAGUGAGGGUCUUGAGCACAGAACCGCAGUUUUGUGGCCUAUCCAAUGGGCAUUUACUUUGAGUUCUUUUUGAUAGUGCACCCAAGUUAGUUGGUGAAAAGGAGCAGGGUGAAUUACUUUGCUCAAGCUGCUCUGUGGUUUGCCCCCAAUCGCAGAAGUGGUUGAAUAUUUUCCAGAGAUAACCAAAAAAAAAGGAUGCAAGCUAAAAGGCUUGAAAGCGAUCCUCCAGCAAAGUGUAUGAUUUUUUUGCCUUAUUUCGGAUCGACUCCCAUGAGCCAAAAAUGGGUUUCCACGCGGAAUUUCUGAAUUUUCACGUGUGAAAUCCAUCUUUGGCUCUUGGGAGCCGAUCAGAAAUUUGAUCAAUUGAUUAUACCUUAAAUGGGGCGAUCUGGCUGAUGCAGGAGAUAGCGUAAUAAGAGUUAAGGGACUGAGUUGGAAUUUUAGUUCUCAGUUAUGAUCUGCAUACCCAAUAAAGCAACCACUAUCCAGAAAUCAGAGGUUUCGGCAUGGGCUUAGAUGCACCAGAUGUGGAAGCUCACCUUAGCUUGUCUCAUCACACAGCUUCUAACAUGCAGAAUAUCACUCUGGAAGCAGAGACUGUAAACAUGUAGCAUUAAUCUUACCUAUAGGUCUUCUUCACUACAGAAAAUCCCAAAACGCUCGCAAGGCAAUUCGUCGGACCACAUCCCAAGUCCGUCAAAUUGAAAAACUUGAGAAAAUUCUUAACGAGCAGAAAGCGAUUGAGCACGACAUCCAAAGAGGUGUCAGGGCUCCCAAAAUGCUGCCUCCUCCUGAAGGAAAAGUAUUUCUAAACCCUCUUUUGGGUACAGGGGUGAAACAAGAUAUUAACUCAGGACGAGCCUUUCUCCCAGAAUCUGUAUUUAAUAAAGUCGGUGGAUACUUAGUUGCUGAUAAUGUCUUUUCAAUUGACCCAGCAUCUGCUGGAGGGUCUAUUUUACUCGUAAAAGGAUCUCCUAGAAUGGAAAUUGUUAUAUUUUUUUACAAUAAUUAUCUUAUUUUUUUAAAGCAAUUAAUUUUUUAUUAAAAUUAAUAGCUUUCAGUAUAUGAAUCCAAAAAAUGUGAAAGCGGCAAUCGUUACAUGUGGAGGCCUAUGCCCUGGCUUAAACGUAGUAAUCCGAGAAAUCGUUAUGUCACUGCACUUUAAUUACGACACAACUGAAAUAUAUGGCAUAUGGAAUGGAUAUUCAGGAUUUUAUACUGAAGGCUUUAUAAAAAAGCUGACUCCUCAUGAUGUAGUAGACAUUCAUACACUCGGAGGGACAAUUUUAAAGACUUCUCGAGGAGGCUGGAAUUUAGAAAAAAUUGCUGACUGCAUUGAAGAAAGAGGCUUUAACCAAAUUUAUGUGAUAGGUGGGGAUGGGACACACAGAGGGAUUAAUGCGCUUGUAGAGGAAAUGGAAAGGAGGAAUCUUCCUGUUUUUAUUGCAGGAAUUCCUAAGACUAUUGAUAAUGAUAUACCAAUUAUUGAUAUUCAUUUAAUAAGAGAUUGAAUUAUAAAUAGCCAGCAGAAAAUAGUGAAUUUAUAGAAUAUAGAUAAAUUAUAAGCCAAAAGUAUGAUUAUUUUUAGAAAAAAGUAUAAAUCAUUUGGAUUUGAUACAAGUGUAGAAGAAGCCCAAAGGGCAAUUGAUUCUGCCAAUAUAGAAGCUAAUAGUGCUGAAUAUGGAGUUGGGCUUGUAAAGCUAAUGGGUAGAAACAGCGGCUUUAUCGCUAUGCAAGCUUCAAUUGCAAAUAGAAAUGUAAAUGUUUGCUUGAUCCCUGAGUCUGAGUAUGAGUUAUCAGGGCCAAAUGGCGUUUAUAACUAUUCUUUUCUAAUUAAAUACCCCAAAACUCUCUAAAUUUAAAAAAAAAAUCAAAAUUAAUAUAAAUAAAUAUAUAUUUUAGAAAGACUCAAGGUAAAAAAACAUGCUGUUGUCGUCGUAGCUGAAGGAGCUGCUGUAUCCUGUAAAGACGAAAAACUAGUAAUGCCAGGAACUGAUGCAUCAGGAAACCCUAUUUUAUAUGAUAUUGGAAAACAUUUAAGAGAUGGAAUUGUGAAAUACUGCAAAGAGCAUGGUAUGAAUAUUACCUUAAAAUACAUUGACCCUACCUAUAUGAUUAGAACUGUCCCUGCCAAUUCUGGGGAUAAAGUCUUAUGCGCAACUUUAGCACAAGCUGCAGUCCACGGUAUACUCUUUAUAAUAAAAUAAUUUUUUUUUUUAAAAAAAAAAAUUUAUAGCAAUAUUUGUGAUAAAAUUAUACUUUUGCUGGGUUUACAGGAUUUUCUGUAGGCUGUGUGGCUGGAACCCCUUGCUUUAUUCCUAUAGAUUUAAUGAUUUCGACUAGAGAAGGUAAAAAUUCUUUGCCUGGCCAACGGAGAGUAGACUUAGAAGGAAAUUAUAUGUGGUGGAGGCUUAUGGCUUCAACAGGGCAGCCAAGCUUUAUUAAUGAGGUUAAAGAACUUAAUUAA